UCCGGAUGCUUCCCCCUUAACACACGACUAAACCUGGAAAACUUAAGGGACCUUCCUUAUUUCCUUUCUUUAAAGAAGGAUUUGUUCCUGCUGAAACAUUUGGAUUUGUGACUCUUCAUCAGCCAUGCCCAGUCCAUUGGAGAAAGUGGUGGCACAGAAGAAGGAGGCCAUCGAGGCUGUGAUGGAGCUGUUCGAGAAAGGAGCCGAGGUCCUGGCUAGCACCGUCGGGGAGAUUUUCCCGCUGUGUGAAGCCGCUGCGCCCGUCCUGAAGCUUGCUUUGGACAACGUUGAAAGCAAGGAGGUGUUCUAUGUCAAGGAGCAGUUCUUAGUCGUGAGGAAUAGGCUUGACGUGAUCUCGUCGCAGCUCGAAGACAUCAACCAUGAGAUACAGAAGGGGCGUGUCGAUUCGCAAUACUUUUCCGUGGAGGAGAACCUACGCAACCAGUUCCGCAAAUAUCUCGACAUCUUGAAUGCCAAGCCAGAGUUUCGGGAGGUCAAGAAACGUUUGUUCUUGGAUCAUUUCAGCAAGACAGGAGGAGAGAGGAACCUCUAUGUACUGUACGAUGCCCUGAUGGGCACAAACACUUUUGGCCAGUCCAUCCUGGAGGUGGUGGUGAGAUAUGAAGCUAAGAACAGGAGGGUCCUUGAAGACUUCUGUGUCCGUAUGAAAGAACUCUUCUGCCUUGGGUUGAUCGUCUUGCUGGGUCAUUGUUCCCUCACUCAAGGUGAGGAUAUAGAGCAGGAGAAGAUCUCUGAAUGGAGCGAGAGAAUCCAAGAGGUUGAAACCAAGAUGAAGGCAGUCAUUGAAGAAUGUGUGACUUCAUUUGCAGAGCAGGCACGUCUGGAUGUCCAGAGGCUGGUCCAAGACAAAGAGGCAGGGAGUCUCGAAGACACAGCUCAGGAACUGCUCAAUUUCCUGGUGAGGAAGUAUGAUUGGGUCAGGUGGUCUGUUCGCAUUAUUAACCACUCAGGAAGCAGCUACCGCAACUGGCGUGCUGGAGACAACUUCCAGUCCGUUACAGGACAGAAAUGGUUUGAUGUGCUGCAGGUAAACGACACCAACGUAGUCGUGUCUUACUGCAGCAAUCCACAGCCUGUUCCCAAAGAUAACAUCCAGCAGUUGAUGGACGGUCUGACAAAGAAGGGAGAUGCGAAAGCUGUGGUGGAGAACCUGGAAAAGCAUCUGUCUGGUUUUAUGGUCCACGCUGUCAGCUGCCAUAAACAGAGCUUUGCGGCUUGGAACUUUCCAGAAGAAUGUCAUUAUUGGGAGAUGGCCAAGAAGGGCAAGACUGUGGCUCUCUGUGUGCAUUCAGAUUAGCUGCCAGGUCAAGAGCUUAAAUGAGAUGCCUUAUUGAUUUAUGGUCAUUAUAAACUGGACACUUUUAAUCAUAAGUAUAAAAGACAAAUAAUUGAUCCAUACAUGGUUGUAUAUGGCAAUCCAAGAGGUUUCAUAAUCAUAAUAUUCAUAAUCACUGUUUUGUCUUAAUGUCCAGGACAGGGCUUAAUACCAAAGUCAUAAUCCUCAUUAAGUAGAUAAAGGAGUUAACCACAGCAUGCACUUUGGCAUUAUUGAAAAACAACAACAAAAGACUUCUUAAAGAUUGGAAUCCGCUAAAUCUUACUUGCUAUGUUACAAAUGUCAUGCUAGCAUAUUGUAGCACAGGAAUUAGAGGAACGGAUAUCACGAUACUAGAAAAUCUUGACCCAGUCAUUUGAUCGAGUCUUGCCUUUUGCCCAUUAAAAGCUAUGCAGGUCACCUAGUCUUAGCGUCAGUCUAAUUUUUGCAA